GGGCCGCGCCGGGGCCUCCUCCGGGCCGAGCCGGGGCCGUGUCCUGCGGUGCCGCCGGGCCGGGCCGGUGCCGGGGCGAUGCCCGGGGUGGCGGGGCCGCGGGGCCGCGGGCGCUGAGCGCGGGGUGGGAGCAUGGCCGAGGCGCUGCGCCAGGAGCCGCCGGGCGGGCCCGAGUCGGAGGCCGAGCUGUCGCAGCGGCUCGCCCGCACCAAGGCCCGCUCGUACGGCAGCACGGCCAGCGUGGCGGCCCCGCUGGCAGAGCGGUACGUGGAGCACCGGCUGAGCGCCGGGGACACGCUGCAGGGCAUCGCCCUCAAGUACGGCGUCACGAUGGAACAAAUAAAGAGGGCAAAUAAACUGUUCACUAAUGACUGUAUAUUUCUGAGGAAAACCCUGAAUAUUCCUGUUGUAUCAGAGAAACCAUUACUGUUCAAUGGACUUAGUUCACUGGAGUCUCCUGAGAAUGAAACUGUUGACAGCUCCCCUUCUUGUGAUGAAGGACUAGUAACAGUUCAGGAAGAAAGUAGUUCUUCUCCCAGUCCUCAAGAGCCUGACAGUCAGCCCACUGCACCAGAAGAAUUAUCUGCCAAAGAUUUCCUACAGAGAUUGGACUUGCAGAUUAAGUUAUCCAAACAAGCAGCCAGAAAACUAAAAGAUGACAAUGUCAGAGAGGAGGAGGAUGAGGAAGGUCCCUAUGCAACUUCUUCAUAUCACCAGUAGAAGACAGAUGUGAUGGCCUGAAAACUUCCCAUGAAAUCAGUUCUUAAAGAACUAAACAGUCAAUAAUUCAAAACCCAAGUCUUUUGGACUCAUCAUCUUGAUGUACUUAAAAGAAGUCACGAAUGGGUAAUUGCACUGAAAUGAUGACCUCUUCUGCCUUCCAUAGGUUAAUGUCCUUAUGCUAUAUCAACAAAGGGUUUAAGCCUUCCAAAACUAGUAAUGGCCUUUCUACCCCUUCAGUGCAAACUGUAGCAUGGUAGCAACAAUAUAUCCUUGAGGUCACCUUUAUGCAGGAUGUUGAUCUUUAGUAAAGAUUUUGUAAAUAAUUGUUAAAGUGAAAUUUGUUUUAAGUAUUUAAAAAUAUUAAAGUUUGCUUGUAAAUGACAAACUAUGAAAGUAAUAGGAAUUUACUUAUUCUGCAAACAUAGGCAAGUUUGCUGUGAAAGUUUUGUCUACUUCAGGGCUGCAGAACUUGCCUCUGAACUCUGUGUGUGUGUCUGUGUGUGGUUAUGAUGUAUUCCUAGAAAGGGGAAUUCAACUUGCUUUGAUGAGUUAAAGCCUUUAUGGUUAAACAACUGUUUGCAAAUUGGAUUUCUGCUAAUACAAGGGACGAGUUACAGCCAGAGAUUUUUCUUUGUGAGAUAUGACAUUGGAAUAUCAGAUGUGUGUUCUUGUGUGCAGUUAUAUUUUGUGUGGGUUUAAUUUAAUAAAAUACAAAAACACCGAUGUGUCUGUUCA